GAGCGCGGCGGCGGCGGGGAAGGAGGCGGGGGCGGCGGCUGCGGCGGAGGGGCCGAGAGCUGGCGGCGGCGGCGGUGGUCGUGAAGGGCAUCGGUGGCGGUGACGGAGAUGAUCUGAAGAUGGAAAGAGCCAGGAGAAGGGGAGGCGGCGGCGGCGGCGGCGGCCGUGGCCGCGGAGCCAAGAAUGUAGGGGGCUCUGGCCUAAGCAAGAGUAGACUCUAUCCCCAGGCCCAGCAUUCUCACUACCCCCACUACUCCGCAUCAGCCACCCCUAAUCAGUCCGGGGGUGCAUCCGAAAUCCAGGAGCUGGCCUCCAAACGAGUGGACAUCCAGAAAAAGAGGUUUUACCUAGACGUGAAGCAAAGCUCCCGGGGCCGCUUCCUAAAGAUAGCCGAAGUCUGGAUAGGGAGAGGCCGGCAGGACAAUAUCAGAAAGAGUAAACUGACCCUCUCCCUGUCCGUAGCAGCAGAGCUGAAGGACUGUCUAGGCGACUUCAUCGAGCACUAUGCCCACCUGGGCCUGAAAGGCCACAGGCAAGAGCAUGGCCAGAGCAAAGAGCAAGUCUCCAGGAGGCGGCAGAAGCACUCUGCACCCUCCCCACCGGUGUCAGUGGGGUCAGAAGAGCAUCCUCACAGUGUCCUCAAAACGGACUAUAUAGAGAGGGACAAUAGGAAAUACUACCUGGACCUAAAAGAGAAUCAACGAGGUCGCUUCCUAAGGAUUAGACAAACCAUGAUGCGGGGCACUGGCAUGAUAGGUUAUUUUGGCCACAGUUUGGGCCAGGAACAGACUAUUGUCCUCCCAGCGCAAGGUAUGAUUGAAUUUCGGGAUGCCUUGGUUCAGCUGAUUGAAGACUAUGGCGAAGGAGACAUAGAAGAACGAAGGGGUGGAGACGACGACCCACUUGAACUCCCAGAGGGGACCUCUUUCAGAGUGGACAAUAAAAGGUUCUACUUUGAUGUGGGCUCUAAUAAAUAUGGAAUUUUCCUGAAGGUAAGUGAGGUGAGGCCACCUUACCGUAAUACUAUUACUGUUCCAUUCAAAGCUUGGACAAGGUUUGGGGAGAAUUUUAUCAAGUAUGAAGAAGAGAUGAGGAAAAUUUGCAACAGCCAUAAAGAAAAGAGAAUGGAUGGCCGGCGGGCCAGUGGUGAAGAACAAGGAUGCCUGGACUAGCGUGAAAUUGAACUCCAGCAGGCAAAAUUUAGAAAUCAGUAAUUGGCUAAAAGUACUGAUCCGUAACCAUUUGAAGAAGUUUCUCCUCUUUUGGGCCCUUUGUUAUUAGUGAUACCUCUAAGAGUUUAUGCGUAAAGGAGUCUGGUUCUCAUGCUAUGUUCUACACGCAUCCCUCUAAUUCUUGUGGGAAUUCCAACCUCCCCAGAGCCAAAUAGUUUAACUGCUUCCACUGCUCCAUACUAUAGAAGUAUGUAGAUCAGCACCGAGUGUGACACUCUGACCUUUAGACGCGAUAACUAAGAUUUACAUUGCACUAUGACGUAAUACUAAAAAUGAUGCAUAGACAAUACGAAAGCGUGAAUUCCUAUUUAACAACUCCCCCCUCCCACCCCACCCCACCCCACCCCCGAAGAAGGUCCCAUACUUUGUUAAAAGUUCAUGCUUUGUUAAAAGUUGCUAAGUUUACCUGUAGGGCAGUUACCACAGAAACAGAAAUUAACCCCAAAUAUAGUAUAUUUCUUUAUGAAAGUACUAGUAGGAAUAUACGUCUCAUUGGGUGACUUGAGUACUGACUACCACUAAAGUACGAAUAUUAUUAGAUAUUUAAACCUUUUAAAAUACAAUACGACAUCCCUUGACGGUUACUAUAUACAGUGUUCUAUAAUUUCAAAUUUUGUGGUAACCCUACCAUUUUGGUUGCCAUAGCAAAGCCACAGAAGAGUCUUAAUUCGUUACUCUUAGCUAAUUGCAGUCUAAUCUUCUGUCUCCUAUUCUAUAUGUUUUAUUGACUUUCCAAGUUUAGGAAGCUAUGCUUAUGUCACUGUUGAGAGGGAGGCUUCGCCCAGUGGCUUUGUUAUGGGAAUUUUGGUGUUUUAGCUUUUCGUUGAUAAUUUGGAAUCACUUUUCCUUAAAAAUCUGCCAUGAACUUUCAAGGUGUAUUUUCUACUUUCCCACUCAUGCAUAGGGUUGGUGCACCACCUGAGUGGCGUAAAAUUCAUCUAUGAUAUAUGUUAGUAGCGCUCUUCCAUUGGCUGCCCUUAAAACCGUGUCAAACUUACAUUAUAAGCCUGACUUUUACACAUACUUCAACUCCAAAAGAAAAAGAAAUUUAUUUUAUUUAUUUUAUUUUUUGCUGAGAAAACAAAAAAAAAAGAGCAUAUAGAAUACAAAAUUGCAGUCUGGGAAAUACAAUAUUUGGAAACAAUAUUGGUUAUAAACAUUUAAAAGGAAAAUUCAGGCAUUUUCCAAGGUGCUCCUUCAGAUUCUUAAAAGAGGUUUACUCUAUAUAAGACGUAUCUAUUUGUGCUUGCCUGCAUUAAAAAAAAAAAAAAAAAAUCACUUUCCAGAAAGUGCCACCUGAAUUUUUAGACACUCAGCAAUUUUUAAACAAGUGGCUAUAGUAUGUUUGUACAACCCACAACAUCCCUUACUAAAUGAAUGAAAUUUCAUCUGUUGGGCUACAUCUGAUUCUAAACGAAACUGUGUUUUGUCAUGGGAUCAGUUACUGCUCCAAAUGAGUCCUUGUGAUCCUAUUUAAGAGACAGACACUGAUUUCAACUCCCCAAAUGUAGUUCUGAUGGGCGAGAGCUGGCUGCAAGGACUGAGGUCGGGAUGUGGCUCCUCUCUGAUAUGCUCUAAGUCAUUCAGAAUUGCUAUGAACAAUUUUCCCUCCAGAAUUUUUCUCCAGACACAUUAAACUAAGGUCGCUAAGGAAACCAUGGGAUGAAUUAAGACGAUUUAGUUCCUUGGCUUUUGUUAAGAGCAAGCACCUAGUAAGCCAGACAUAGAUACUGAUGUUGGUUGCACGUUCAGUUUCUCAUUUCUCGAAGUACUAAGGUGGAAUCUCACACAGUUCACUACCGUUGUGAGCCAUCUGGAUCACCAUGGAACAACCGAAGGGUAGAGGAAAAUGUCAGUACUAGCAUUAAUAGCACAUGGUGGGUGUCGAGACUACAAAAGUAACAAGGAUUCUGAAACAGUCCUAACUAAGAUAACGUAACUCUGUAGGCUUGAUAAGAAGUAGUUUGGGAUCUAUGAAGGAGUGGUGUGCACUUGAAUUGCUGUACUACUGAUUGUCAUUGCUGCCCAUCAUAGUGCCUAGUAAUAAUCAUCAACCUGUCAGAUUUCGGCAAACUGGAGCUGUGACUAUUCCAUUACUCAGUUGUUCCAAUCACUACUGCUGUGAGUAUAAACUCGCUCUUAAAAUCCUACCUUCCUUUCUUGAAAUAUUUAUAUACAUUAGGACUGAUUUCUUUUUGCUUUUUUAGUCUGACGAGGUUUAAGUGUGUAUAUACAUAUGUGUAUAUAUACACACGGUACUGUGUCAGACAUGAACAUAAAGAUAUAAUUAAUUCACUGUAUAUACAUAUUAUUAGCUUCAUUUCAAAGUUCUUGCCAUCUCAAUGCUGCAGAUUGGGUAGCUAUAUAUAUAUAUACAUAUAUAUGUAUAUAUACUGGCAAUUGAAUAUACUCUAGAAGCACUAAGACUUUUAUCAAUCCUUUGUUUACCUUUUCAUAGUUAAUAUAUUCAUUGAAAAAUGGUAUGAUGCUAUGAUUUUUCUGAUACUUAAAAUUCCCAAGAGUUCAUUAGCCAUAAUUAAGUGUGAUCCAGUUCAAACAUCUGGACUUAGGAAGUGUAUCGCCAUGUAUCUUAUAAAAUGAGCUACUAUUUUUAUCUGUGCAAUAUAAAUUUUAUUUAUUGUCAUUUGUAACAUAUACGGAGCUGCAAGUGUACGUGGUAUUCUUCAGAAUAACAGGAUCCUUGCCUCAAAGGCAUUAAACUCUUACAGAAACUGGAUGUUAGAAGUAAAAAAUGACCAUUGAAGUUAGUAACCAAAAUUACUAGUUCACGGUACAAUGCUAAACCCCUGAUGAUGUUUGCACAUAGUCAUAGAGCAUAGUGUGGACAGACUCAACUGUAGUAAUAUAAGCUAGUAGUAUAAAAUCUGGAAACGGGUUCCUCAGUAGUUGGCAGUGUGCUCCUAGCAAUUAAAAGUAGCACUAAGAUGCUGCUUAUAUGCAAAAGAUGCAAUGUAUUAUAAAGACAUUAAAGUUCUGUCGCAUUUUAUUAUUUUCCUUCUUAAAGCCCCGAACUGCCAUGUCCCUUAAACUUGAGUCAAACACAAGCUUAUUUGCACUAAAGAGCAUGGCCAAAAAAUUAAAUGACAGGGUGGAAAAGCUAUUUAGAACCUCUUGAAAUGAUUGGUUCUAAUGGGAGAAUUUCACAUUUGUCUAUUUGAAAGCUAUAUGGUCCAGGCAGACAAUCUGUCAGUUCACUAAUUUAAUAAUGCACUUUACCUUUUGUAUAUAGAAGAUGUACAUUUAUGCCACUUGACAGGCAGGAUGUGUUCCAGUAACUAUGUAGUUAGACUCUGUAGGCUGAUCUCUUGCAUGCACAUGUUUGUGUUAGAACUAUUGUAACAGGUUUCCAUUAAGGCAAUGUAAUGGAGAAGGACAGAAGACGGUUUUAAAGCAAAUCUCAAUUCAUUUAACAAGGAAUUUUAAAGUAGAUUUUGUACUCGUAUUAAAGACUAGAAUAAUAUAAAACUAUUUCUAAUCCAGAUAAGUGUUGCAGUUCAGACUAUAUCUACUUGAGACUUCCCAUAAUACUCCAAAAAUUAAAUUGGGGAAUCUGGCCAGAUAACUUUCUAAUAAUUCUGUUUCAUUGUUAAUAUGUGUUUAAGUUACUAAUAAAAAGACAGUACGUGCUACAGCUCUAGAAUUAAAAGUAUGGUUAGCUUAUGUUUUAAAAAUCACCAGGCUAAAGAAAUAAAGUUUCAAGUAAGGAAUAUAAAGAGCUUAAUAAGUUACUAAAAAGUAAAUAGGAUAUCUCAAAAUCUACAAAAGUAUUAACCUUCAACAACUCAAAAGAAACCUGGGGGAUUCGGUGUAUCCUUCUACCCCGAACACAUUUAAAGAUGUAUAUUUGAAAACUAGAUAAUCGUUGCUUAAUAAUAGGUUGUAUGUACUUUACUGAGAAAACACUGUGUACUAACGAUUCAUCAAGAGUGUGCUAUAUUUACUGCAUUCAUUUUAUAUCUAUAGAUAAGAAACAUAUAUAGUCAUCCUAUCUUAAUCUAAUCAUGUAUUUAUAUUGUAAUUUUGCAAAUAUUUUCAGUAAAAUAAACAUUUAUCUGAGCUGCA